GGGAGAAGUUGCGCAGGGUAGCAAUGCUUCCAGGUACAGCAGGUGUGAAGCCCAUGUUCGAAGCACUCCCCAACCUGCCUGCUUCUCUGGGCAUAGAUAUGGGAUAGUAAAGUGUGAGAUUAUUGUUAGGUCAAGAACAAAUUCAGGGUUGCGAAGUCCUUUUUCAUCAUUCAAAAGUGAGGCAGCAGCUACUGUGAGUCUGAAGUCCUUCAGCUUGAAUGACCUCAAGACUGCCACCAAAAAUUUCAGCUCCAAUUCAUAUCUAGGCGAGGGAGGCUUUGGUUGCGUCUUCAAAGGGUGGAUCGAUGAGCAUACCUAUGCCCCUACUAGACUAGGAAUUGGCAUGGUCGUUGCCAUCAAGAAACUCAAACGAGAAAGCUUUCAAGGACACAAGGAAUGGCUUGCAGAAGUGACCUAUUUGAGCCAGCUUCGCCAUGACAAUCUAGUAAAGUUAAUAGGCUACUGUUCAGAGUCUGAUAACAAGCUUCUUGUCUAUGAGUAUAUGCAGAAAGGCAGCUUGGAGAACCAUUUAUUCAAAAGAGGGGUACAGCCUAUUCCUUGGUCAACAAGAGUGAGCAUUGCCAUCAACAUUGCUCAAGGAUUGUUGUUCUUACAUAGCUUAAAAACCCAAGUCAUAUUCCGUGAUCUAAAGGCUUCAAAUGUUCUCCUUGACUCGGAUUUUAAUGCUAAACUGUCAGAUUUUGGCUUAGCUAGGAAUGGCCCUACCGGAGAUAAGAGUCAUGUUUCAACUAGGGUAGUUGGAACUCACGGCUAUGCUGCUCCAGAGUACAUUGCUACUGGUCACUUGAGUGUGAAGAGUGACAUAUACAGCCUGGGAGUCGUGUUGUUAGAACUGUUAUCAGGAAGGCGAGCAGUGGAUGAAGAUAGGGGAUCCACAGAAGAGGCUCUGGUAGACUGGGCAAAGCCAUUUCUGAACGACAAAAGGAAGCUGUUGAGGAUCAUGGACACAAGACUGGAGGGUCGAUACUCGAAAAAGGAAGCCCAGACAAUUGCUGCUCUUGCCUUGCAGUGCCUCCAUGUAGAUCCCAAGAACAGGCCUAACAUGACAGACAUCCUUCCAGUCUUAGAACACCUCCGAGCACCUAAAGACAUGACUGCACUUCGCAUACAUUCAAAGGCUUAGUGCAGCGCUUCAUGUUGCAUGCUAUGCUAGGAGAAACCUGAGGCAAUCCAAGGAUGAACAGAUAAACAAUCUGGGUGCUCUCAUAAUGUGGUGGUGGUCAGAGUCUUCUGAAGCAUCACAGAGUCAUACAGAGGAUAGUGAGACCUGAGCAAGUAAUUCAAGGUGCCUUGUUUUACUGAGUAUGUCUUAGAACUCAGGAGCCAUGAUCUGAGAUAAGAAUUGCUUGUAUUUGAUAGUAUAUGGGCAUGGAGACAAGCAACAGGACAUCUUCAUUGUUUCAAGGGCACACCUGCUGAGAUAAUGACAGACAUGAAGUACAUAUCGGUCUA